AUGCAGAAUCUUCUACAAUUUUAUGCUGAAUAUUAUUCUCAUACUAUCGAAGAUACUUUUCAUUCAAAUGCACUAGAUACACCGAUUGAAAAUGAUAGUUUUGGACUGUCUUCAUCCACUUCAAUGAGUACAAAUCAAACAUCGGCAAUAUCUCUACCACCAUCAUCAGGUAUGGCUCGAUCAAACAAACGUAAAGCAACGACUGAUACUGAUGUAAGUUAUUUGCCGGCAUCAAUUUAUAAUGAUAACGGUAAUUAUUCUGGUGUAUCAUAUUCCACACUUCCUCAGCAAUCAACUGAUUUUUCUAGACCAUCAUCACCUAGUAGACAUGAUAAAAUAACAACAACAUCAGUUUUGACUGCAUUAGAUAAAGAAAGAAGCUCGAAUGAUAUUGAUGAGGAUGACGAUACCAAUGAUCUUGCACAUAAACGUAAAAAACAUACACAAGUUGAAGCUAAUCGACGAGCAUUAGAAAAAGCAUGUUUUAGAGAAUUAUUAAUGUUAAUUACAAAUCGAAGUGAUUCAAAAUCAACAAAAUUUCGUCAUCUUGAUUUACUUGCAAUAGCUCAUGAUGAAAUAUCUAAAAUGAAUUUACGGCAUAAAAAUAACCGACUACGUCCAUCAAAUUUAACUAAUAAUGAAUUAAAAUUUUUAACAAUUGAGGCAAGUAAUUCGUUUUUAUUUGUAACUACUAUUGAGCCAACAUCAUUUCGUAUAAUUUACGUCACUGAUGCAAUAAGUCGUAUAUUUAAUGUUACACCUGAUCAAUGGCUUGAACAAAAUUUUCUGUCAUUUUUACAUCCUGUGGAUUUCAUACGUUUUGAAAGUCAACUUAUGUCAUUAAGUCAACAUACUGGGAUGUCGAUUCAUCUCGAAUGCCGAUUAAAACAAGGUAAUAAUGAUAUAUAUUCACCUGUUAUUAUUGAUGGUAUGACGAAAAUAAUUGAUGAUUCAUUAAAACCUGUGCAAACAAAUAUAUCAGGUUUUCUUGCAUUUGUUGGUAUAUGUCAUUUACCAUUAAUAACAAAAUACAAGGAAAUAAAUAUGUGUCGUUAUAAAAAUCCUCAAUCAUGUACAUUUCGUUGUCGUUGUUCACCAAAUGAUUGGAAAAUUUUUCUUGUCGAUCGUUCAGUAUCAACAUUACGAUCCAUAUCAUAUGAUUUAUUUCUUCAAAAAUCUAUAUUAGAUUUUAUAUAUGCCAAUGAACAAGCACUUGUACAUCAAGCUUUAUUAAAUUCAAUAAAAGCAUCAACAAAUAAAACAAUAAAAUGUGAUUUUAUACAUCCAACUUGGCAAACCUCAAUACCAAUGACACUUGAAAUCAAAUCAUUUUGUAAUACAAUUACUUGUCAAGCUGAUUUUAUCGAAUUAACAUUUGAAAGUUUAUUUGGUUUUAUAGAUGAAGCACAAGAAAUCGAUAAAUUAUCGGAAUCAGAUCCAUCGCUAUCAACUCAACAAACAAUUGAAGAACAACUUGAUAAUAAUCCGACAACUCAAACUACAUAUUAUUAUUCAAAUGGAUGGACAACACCAAAUAAACUAAUUUAA